AUGGUAGUGCUCACACCUGAGUCAGCAGGUGAGUAUAAUCUCCAUGUCUAAUUAAUCUCCAUGUCUAUUUGUGUAUAGUGUGACCGUGUAAGAAUGUGUGUGAAUGCUUUUCAAGUGUUUGUAUGGCUAAUUUAAAUGUAAAUGGUUAUCUAUCAGAGUAUUUACCAGUGUAAAUUCACAGGUGUAUCGACAUUUACAGUAUUAUUCAGAGACUGUAAAGUGAACUUCAAAUUUAAAGGACCACUAUAGGCACCCAGACCACUUCAGCUCAAUGAAGUGGUCUGGGUGCCAGGUCCUUCUAGUUUUAACCCUGCAGCUGUAAACAUAGCAGUUUCAGAAGAAACUGCUAUGUUUCACUGAGGGUUAAUCAAGCCUCUAGCGGCUGUCAGUGAGACAGCCACUAGAGGCGCUUCUGUGAUUCUCACUGUGAAAAUCACAGUGAGAUGAAGCUGACAUCCAUAGGCAGGGCCGCCAUCAGGGGGUGACAACCAUAACGGUUGUCACGGGCCAGCGGCGCCGUGGGGGGCCCGGCCCCCACGUGUGGGGCCCAUCGGGUGGCCCACACACUUAGGUUCACCGGAUGGGCCCCUUUAAAAAAAAAAAAAAAGCAGCCGCAAGUGCUGCUGGGAGGAAGUGGCUACUGCCUCCCAGCUCACUCUGCGCGGGAGGAGCGCGCGCGCCAGUGAAGAGGGACAGCCAGGCAGUGAAGAGGGAGCCACGCCGACUCCCAUCAUCCCCAUCCACCCUCCUGCAAAGAAAAGAUAAGAGACAGGAGGGUGGCUGGAAAAUGAGCUGUGUGUGUGUCUGUAUGCAUGUAUGUCUUUCUGACUGUAUGCAUGUAUGUCUGUAUGUAUGUCUAUUAUUAUUAUUAUUAUUAUUAUUAUGAUAUUUAUAGAGCGCCGUCAAAUUCCGCAGCACUUUACAAUGGGUGGACGAACAGACAUAUAGUUGUAACCAGACAAGUUGGACACACAGGAAAAGAGGGGUUGAGGGCCCUGCUCAAUGAACUUACAUGCUAGAGGGAGUGGGGUAAAAUGACACAAAAAGGUAACGAUAGUAUUAGACUAAUGACAGUUGCAGAAGAGGAAUCAGCCAGGAGCUAUUAACAGUUUGAUUGAUACGCUUUUAUGAAGAAGUGGGUUUUUAAUGAUUUUUUUGAAGGAGUGGAAACUGGGUGAGCAUCUAACGGAGGAGGGAAGCGAGUUCCACAGGAACGGUGCAGCCCUCGAGAAAUCUUGAAGAUGAGCAUUAGAGGUUGGGAGUACGGACAGAAGAUAGACAUAAGUCUUCAGCAGAUUGUAAGGGCCUAGACAGGACAUACUUGUGUAUAAGGGAGGAUAGAUAGAUGGGAGCAGCAUUAUGUAGAACCAGAAUUUGAAAUUGAGCUCUAUAUUUUAUAGGAAGCCAAUGUAGGGAUUGACAGAAGGGUGAGGCAUGGGAGGUGCGGGCGGACAGGAAGAUGAGCCUUGCUGCCGCAUUCAUUAUGGACUGUAAGAGCGCUAGUUGGGAGCACGUAAGACCACUGAGAAGCGGAUUACAGUAGUCAAGGCGAGAAAGGACCGUGGAAUGGACCAACACCUUAGUCGCAUCUGGCGUUAAGUAGGGGCGGAUGCGCGCAAUGUUUUUGAGAUGGAAAUGACAGGAUUUGGCGAUAGAUUGAACAUGAGGCUUGAAGGAGAGGUCAGAGUCAAAGAGAACACCUAGGCAGCGAGCCUGCGUGGUGGAGCUGAUGGUAGCACCAUUGACUUGGAGGGAGACAGACACAGGAGUAACAACACUUGAGGGAGGAAAGACCAGAAUUUCAGUUUUGGUCAAGUUUAGUUUAAGGAAGUGGGCAGCUAUCCAGUUAGAAAUAGCAGAGAGGCAGUCAGAGACACUAGUAAAGAGGGACGGGGACAGGUAGAUUUGCGUGUCAUCUGCAUAGAAAUGAUAUAGGAAGCCAAAGGAGCUAAUGAGUAUACCAAGGGAGGCAGUAUAGAUGGAGAACAGUAGGUGAUGAAGGACUGAACAUUGGGGGACACCAACAGAGAGGAGUUGGGGAGAAGAAGCAGAGCCAGAGAAAGAAAUACUGAAAGAGCGCUGGGAGAAGUAGGAGGAGAACCAGGAGAGAGCAGUAUCUUGUAGACCGAUAUUGCGGAGGAUGAGAAGAAGCUGUUGAUGAUCAACAAUGUCAAAAGCCGCAGACAGUUCAAGGAGAAUUAGGAUAGAGUAGUGACCAUGAGAUUUUGCAGCGAGUAGAUCAUUGGAUACUUUGGUCAGUAUCGUUUCCACAGAGUGCUUAGCGUGGAAACCAGACUGAAGUGGGUCUAGCAGAGAGUUGGACUCAAGGAAGUCUGUCAAUCUUGCAUACACAAUUUUUUCAAGGAUCUUGGAUGCAAAAGGCAGUAGCGAGAUAGGACGAUAGUUGGAUGGGGAGUUAGGGUCAAGAUUGGGCUUCUUUAGAAUUACACUUGCAUGUUUGAAGGGCAAUGGAAAUAUACCAGAGGAGAGACAGAGAUUGAGAAUUUUAGUGAGAGGUGGAGAAAGAGAAGAAGACAGAGUAUGGAUGAGAUGUGAGGGAAUUGGAUAUAGGGAGCAGGUGGUGGGGCGGAAGGACUGGAGCAGAGCAGAAACCUCUUCCAAUGUAGCGGGUGCGAAUGAACAUAGAACAGCAGAGGGAGUGAAGUUAGGGGAAGUAUUGUAAGGGGAAGAAGAAAGAUGAGAGAUCUCUUCUCUGAUUGUAGAGAUCUUGUCAGUGACAUGAGUUUCAAAGUCUGAGGCAGUCAAGUUAGUAGGUGGAGGAGGAACAGCAGGGAGAAGAAGAGAGUUAAAUGUGUGAAAUAGUUGUUUGGGUUCGCGGGAGAGUGUGGUUAUGAGGGUAUUGAAGUAAUUAACUUUUGCAGAGGAAAGAGCCAAGCUGUAUGAGCUCAGCAUAAAUUUAUAGUGGAGAAAGUCAGAUGCACAGUGAGACUUUCUCCAACAGCGUUCAGCAGUUCUGGAGCAUUUUUGGAGGUAUCGAGUGAGCUUGGUGUGCCAGGGUUGUUGUUGGGGGGGCCUGCGGCGUUUAAAUGUACAAGGUGCCAUGAUGUCUAGUUGAGAGGAGAGGGUGGAAUUGUAGAAGGAGGUUGCAGAACUAGGACAGUUGAGGUUUGAGAUAGGUAAAAUGAGAGUUUGGAGAUUAGUGGAGAAAUGCUCUAGGUCAAGACAUUGGAGGUUUCUGUGAGAGUGAUGUUCAGACGGUGGUGUCAAUUGGGUCUUAGGUAUGCCAAUGUCAAAAGUCAGCAGAUGGUGGUCAGAUAGAGGAAAGGGAAUAUUGGAGAGAUUAGAGGCAGUACAGAGGUUAGUGAAGGCAAGAUCAAGAGUGUUUCCUGCUGUAUGGGCCAAAGGAGGGGGUUACAGAGAGCAGACGAGAGGCAUCAGUGCAAUUGGGGUUAUUGAUUGGGAUAUUGAAAUCCCCAAGUAUAAGGGAAGGAGUGGGGGGGAGGGGGGCGGUAGAUGAUAGCGAUUCUUAAAGGAGUGGGUUUAAAUAGGCGGACAGUGUGAACUUCAAAAGAAGAAAAGGAUAGGGCAGGGGGAGUUAUGAUUGGUUGAAAGGUACAUUGAGGGGAGAGAAGGAUGCCUACACCGCCUCCUUUACAGUUGAGUCUGGGAGUGUGAGAGAAUUGUAGCCCACCAAAACUUAAAGAGGCAGGAGUAGCGCUAUCAGAGGGGGACAACCAGGUCUCUGUAAGUGCAAGCAGUGUGAGUGAGUUUGAGAUGAAAAAGUCGUGUAUGGUUGUUGAUUUUAAAUUACUGCAGAUGGAGCGGGCAUUCCAGAGUGCACAAUUAAUUUUGGUAAGUGAGGGUAAAGGGCAGGGUAUUGUGAUGAGGUUUGUGGGGUUUCUGGUUGUCAUAGUGUGUGUAGAGAAGGUGAAGGGCCCUGGAUUGGGAGAGACAUCACCAGCUGCUAGAAGUAGGAGGAGAGAAAGUGACAGGAGGUGUGAAUGAGUUUUGUAUGCAUGGGGUCUAGGGUGAGAUCGAUUGUGGGUUGGAGUGAGAGAGUAGAAAAAUGAGUGUAAGGCAUGAGAUGGGAGAAGAGGGGAGUGUAGCAGAGAAGGGCAUAUGUAAAUGUGGAUGGGGAUGAGUGAAGUGGGUGUAAGGAGAGAUUUUUAUACUGAGGGAGACUGAGGAAAUAAAGAGGAGGAGAAAACAGAUCAUUGCUAAACUGUGAAAAAUAAAAAUUGGAGAUAAUUGAAAUAUCAAGAGCAGGUGAAGGUGUUUUAUGGGUUAAGAAAGUGCAGGAGUGUACUAAUAAGUCUAUGUCUGUCUGUAUGCAUGCGUGUAUGUCUGUCUGUAUGUAUGUCUAUGUUUGUCUGUAUGUCUGUCUGUCUGCAUGCAUGUAUGUCUAUGUAUGUAUGUCUGUAUGUAUUUAUGUCUGUGUGUAUGUGUCUGUCUGUAUGCAUGCAUAUAUGUAUAUGCAUGUAUAUAUGUAUGUCUGUAUGUCUGUAUGUCAGUAUGAAUGUAUGUUUGCAUAUCAUUAUGAACGUAUGUCCGUGUGUAUGGAUGUCUGUAUGCAUGUAUGUCUGUAUAUAUGCAUGUAUGUCAUCUGUAUGUAUGUAUGUCUGUAUGCCAUUAUGAAUGUAUGUCUGUGUAUGUCUGUAUGCCAUUAUGAAUGUAUGUGUGUCUGUAUGUCUGUCAGUAUGUCUGUAUGUAUGAAUGUAUGUGUGUGUGUAUGUAUGUCAGUGUCUGUAUGUAUGUGUCUUUAUGUCCUCAUGCAUGUGUGUCUGUAUGUAUGUUAGUAUGUGUCUGUCUGUCAGUAUGUAUGCCUGUAUGUGUGUAUGUCUGUUUCAGUAUGUGUGUUUGUUAGAAUGUAUCUUUGUCUGUUUGUGUCUGUGUGUGUAUUCCUGUGGGCGGUAUUUGGAGGCGGACCCAGUAGGUGGCAUUUGAAGGCGGGCCUCGGGGCCCAGACCCUGAGCUGAGUUAGAGGCCCCAAAAUUUCUGGUGGCGGCCCUGUCCAUAAGAAAGCAUUGAGUAAUGCUUUCCUAUGGGCGGUUUGAAUGGCGCGCGGCUCUUACCGCGCACGCACAUUCGAGACUGACGUCAGCAGGUGGAGGAGAGUUCCCCAGCGUCGAGGGAGCCCGGUGCUGGAGAAAGGUAAGUGGCUGAAGGGGUUUUAACCCCUUCAGCCCAGCGGGAGGUGGGCCAUGAGGGUGGGGGGGACCUAAGGACUACAUAGGGGUCCUUUAAGGCCAAAGUAGCUAAACUGGAACUAUAGAUUAAUAAGAAAAUGUUUUUUUAUGUUAGGCUAUUUUGGCAUUCAAUUUGAAAUGUAUUUUUAAUUUUCACUUUAGUGAUUCAGUGCUCGCUAUGUAUAUGCACAUUGGGGUGGAGGGCUUAGGCCUCAUACAGAUGUACUAGUUUCAACCCUAUGAUUCCGACCCUGGUGCUUAGACUGGGCUUUUAAUGAAGAAAAUACAUCUCACCUUAUUGAAAAUGAUCAACUGAUGCCCUCAAAUUCCUCAUGUUCUGCUAUUAAAAAAUAAAAACUCUUAAAGUUGUCCCUGUCUCUAAUUGUAUAAAGGUGCCCUCCAUCAUUCCAAACUUCCACUUCUGUGUGCAUAAAAAUUUUUUUAAAUAACUUUUCCUCACCAUUUUCCAGCAUUCUCUCUCCGUGCUGUUGACCUCUCCGCCUCCCCCACAGUGGAGGCAUGGUCUCCUCUGUAAUGGUGUAAUUCAAUAUUCCUCGUAGAAGAACAUUGGGGAUCUAAUGUGAAUCAAUGCUUUCAUGUCAUGUUACCAAGUUUUACUUUGUCAGAGCAGCAGAAGGGCCUCUAGUGGCUGUCACACUGAAGUGGACUGAACCCUGCAAUAUAAGCAUUGCAGUUUCUAAAAAAAAAAAAAACUAGGAUAGAACCCCUGCACCCAGGCUCUUUCCUUGAGAUAAAGUGGUCUGGGUGAAUAUAGUGUCCUUUAAAUGCAACUUUGCUAGCCUGAUGACUGGCUACAAAUUAAGAAUAGAAGCUCAGAAACAUAUGUAUAUUAUUCUAAAAAAUAUCAAUGUAGCCAGAAGAGUCAUCAUGGGUGUUUGGGAGUUUUGUGGAUCUUUUUGGUUUAGAAAUCUCUAACUUAAUAUGACACAUAAUUACAUGAUGAAAUAUAUAAAUCAUAGACUACAUAUAGUAUAUUCUUAAAGUGAACCUGUCAUUGUUUCUCCAACAUUUGCUUUGCCACAUGGGCAUUCAAGUGAGAACUGUCUGGAUUUCAAAGUGAAUUUCAAAUUAAAGUCUAAAGUAACUAAAUUGGAAAAUAUACAAUGGUACUUUCAGUUCCAUUACAACUAACAGACAUGUGAUAGCUGCAAAGUGAUAAAUGUCAGCAUUUAUCUAAUCACUUGCCAUAUGGGAAGAAGCAGUUUAUGAAACACACAAAUGAGGUGAUUUGCCUAUGUUAAAUAGUGCUGGGGUGGGUAUUGUAUUUAUAAGUGAGCUGUUUGUCUCUCAGAGCACAGUUCAGACCAGCAUCAUGUCCUGGGUUCCUCUUCUCCUCGCUGUCACCUGUCUCUACACAUGUAAGGAUCAUCAUUACUUAGACCACGUCUGUGCAAUCUGCAUGUCUCUGACACUUCUGUGCAAUCUGCAUGUCUCUGUCACUUUAACCUUGUGUCUGCUCCUGUUUCAGGUUGUGUUGGGCAGUAUGUAGUGACUCAGCCACGUUCACUUUCAACAAGACCAGGAGACACAGCAUCACUUACCUGUACUGGGAACAAUAUUGUCAGCAAGAAUGUGCACUGGUACCAACAAACACAGGGUAACAAACCAAAACUUAUUAUUUAUAACGAUCGCAACAGAGCUGACAACGUCCCAGAUCGAUUCUCAGGAACUAACUCGGGUAACACAGCAACAUUAACCAUCAGUGGAGUCAGAGCAGAAGACGAGGCUGAUUAUUACUGCCAGGUGUGGGAUGGCAAUGCUGCACAGUGACACAGACAGAAGAGGAACUGAGACAAUAACUGGCUUCUUGUAUUAUUAAUAUAGUGCCAUCACAUUCCGUAGUGCUGUACAUUGAAGUGAACUAUUAAUAGAUGCAGGGAAUAGUAUUAAAUACCUGUAUCUAUAGCGAUAGCAGAUAGUAUGGUGAAAUACAGAGGGGAAAAAACAACUGCUUUAGAGUUUGACUGUCUAAAGAAAAGAGAGAAGCAUUUCACAUAAUUAAAAAAAAAAUACACAAUUACUAAUGCACAAAUAAAAUUUGUAUAUCAUGCCACAUAUGCCUCCAAAACGCCUGCUAGUGCCAUGUGCCCUCAAACACCCUGCCAUUGGUAUUUCUCUGCCACCAGCCUCCCUGUGCCAUGUCUCUGCUCUUAGCCUCUCUGUGCCUUCUCUCUGCCUCUAGUGAGGGUGACAGUUUGAGUGGGAUGGUGACAGUGUAUGUGUGCUAGGGGGCCAUCCCACCUUCCAUCCAUGUCUCUCCCUCCUUCCUUCCAUCCAUCUCUCUCCCCUCCCUUCCAUCUGUGUCUCUGUUGCCCUCACCCACCCCUCAUGCCUCCCUCCCCCCCCCAUGUUCCCCUACCCCUGCCAGCCAUGUGUCUCACCCUCCACAUCCCCCUUCCAUCCAUGGCUCUCCCUUCCAUGUCCCCCUCCCCCUGCCAUCCGUGUCUCUGUUCCCCUCCCUUCCAUGUCCCCCUACCUCAUUCAUCCAUGGCUCUCCGCCUCCCCUCAUGUUCCCAUCCCUCUCCAUCUCAUGGCUCUCUCCCUGCCCUCAUGUCCCCCUACCCCUUCCAUUCAUGUGUCUCUCCCCUACAUGUUUUCUACCCCUGCCAUCCAUGUGUCUCCCCUUCCAUCCAUGUGUCUCCUCCCUCCUUGUCCCUGCCAUCAAUGUGUCUCCCCCUUCCAUGUCCCCUUUCAUUUGUGUUCCCCCUUCAUGUCCCAUGUCAUCCAUGUGUCUCCCCCUCCAUGUCUACUGCCAUCCAUGUGUCUCCCCCCUCCAUGUCUACUUCCAUCCAUGUGUCUCCCCCUUCCAUCCACAUGUCUCCCCCUCCAUGUCCCCUUCCAUCCAUGUGUCUCCCCCCUCCAUGUCCCCUGCCAUCAUGUGUCUCCCCCUUCCAUGUCCCCUUUCAUUUGUGUCCCCCCUUCAUGUCCCAUGUCAUCCAUGUGUCUCCCGUCUCCAUGUCUACUGCCAUCCAUGUGUCUCCCCCCUUCAUGUCUACUGCCAUCCAUGUGUCUCCAUGUCUACUGCCAUCCAUGUGUCUCCCCUUCCACUACUACAGCCUCUCCAUGUCCCCUCCAUCCAUGUGUCUCCCUCCAUGUCCCCUGCCAUCCAUGUGUUCCCUCCAUGUCCCCUGCCAUCCAUAUGUGGUGCCCUCCUCCAUGUCCCUGCCAUCCAUGUGUUCUCUCUCCAUGUUCCCUGCCAUCUAUGUGUUCUCCUCCAUGUCUCCUGCCAUCUAUGUGUUCUCUCUCCAUAACCCUCAAGCAUCUAUGUGUUCUCCUCUAUGUCCUUGCUAUCUAUGUGUUCUCUAUGUCCUCUUGCUAUCUAUGUGUCUCUAUAUGUCCUCAAGUAUCUAUGUGUUGCCUCUCUACCUCCAUGCACUGUGUAUCAUGCUCCGCCUCCCUCCAUGUCCCCUGCCAUCCAUGUGUCUCCCUCCAUGUCCCCUGCCAUCCAUGUGUCUCCCCUCUCCAUGUCCCCUGCCAUCCAUGUGUCUCCCCCUCCAUGUCCCCUGCCAUCCAUGUGUCUCCCACCUCCAUGUGACCAUGUGCAUCAUGUGUCUACCCCCUCCAUGUUCCCUACCAUCCAUGUGCCUUCCCCCUCCAUGUCCCCUGCCAUCCAUGUGUCUCCCACCUCCAUGUGACCAUGUGCAUCAUGUGUCUCCCUCCAUGUCCCCUGCCAUCCAUGUGUCUCCCCCCUCCAUGUCCCCUGCCAUCCAUGUGUCUCCCCCCUCUAUGUGACCAUGUGCAUCAUGUGUCUAACCCCUCCAUGUACCCUGCCAACCCAAGUGUCUCCCUCAUCCAUGUCCCCUUCCAUCCUAAGUGUCUCCCUCAUUCAUGUCUCCUACUAACCACUUGUCUCGCCCCUCCACUUAAUCAUUCCAUGUGUCACUCCUUCCUGACAGCUGCUUUGCUUUCAACGCUGGCUCAGGCACCUAAUGAUAUGGCCCUCCUUCCUGCUCACAGCUGGCUUAGUGUGCCACCUUGCCUGCAGGCUGAGGGGAAUGCAAAAAUUAUUUGUCAGACUGGUAACUGAUUUUUGCAUUCCAGGUGGGAGCCGGUUUUGCCGCCAGUUCAGCAAACUUGUUAAAUGUUAGUAACAGGUUGCACCAACUGGUGCGAACCGGUUGAAUCCCACCAUUGAUUUUAGGCCAUUGUUUCCCUUGAACAACUGAAUUCAUCAUUAUAAUUGUCAGUUUUCAUUACUGCAAAACAAUGUGUCUAGAAUGAUCACAUGUUAUCGUUCUCAGUUUCUGCAAUAAAAUAAGCCACAAAACAGCAUUAUUCUUUGAAGUUUGAAUGCCUCCAGUCCAGAUUGGAACACAAAUAUGGAACCAUGUAAGUGCAUUUGGAUGCCAAAAUCCAUAUGUAGAUCAUACAUAGUAUUUAUCAAUGCCCAGAUUUUGGAAUACUGCAUCUAAAUGGACAUCCACCAGAUCUCAGCCUGUCUGCAUACUAAUGGACUGUUGAAAUUGAGAUGCCAAAAAUCUGGGUGUACAUGCCAGAGAGUGUCCAAUUUCCUGGAAUGUAAUAAUUAAAUAAACAAUUAGAUAUAUCAACUGCCCCAGGCUGGGAGGGACAGUUUUGAUUCUCAGAUAUGUCAGACCAUUCCACAUUUUUAACUAAUAAGUGCAAAGUAAGCGCAUCAUGAACAAGCUCUCAUGAUGCAAUCAAUCUCAGUCAUUUUCUGCAUUUAUGACAUUUCUGUAUUUCCCCUCAAAACUGUUACAUCCAGAGGUGACCUUCAUGCUGACUACAGAAUGCCAGGAUGGCACCCUUUAAAUGACAGAUUCUCCAAUCAUGAUAGAACUACAACUUGCAUCAUUCUCAGCCAACCUUAAGCUUUGUCUACCCCUGCUAUUAAACAAAAUGGUAAUUUUUUUUAUUAUUAUUGUGACGAGACCAAUCUCGCCACGUUGCAUUGGAGAAGCCGGGUUGCUCGCCUGUUGCCUUGGGAUUAUGGCCCCAUGUUAAAAGGCUUGAUUUUCCCCUGCAAAGACAAGAAAGCCGGGUCAUUUGGUGCUUGCCCUGUUUGAGCAGUGAUACCCCAGAUAGCUAUGCCAUGGAGCCCAUUCGUAUAAUGAAAGACUAUGGGAAAGACUUUGACAUGGCAAUUGAACUGUAUGUGUGUGCUCUGAGCGCCAUUCAGUAAUAAUGUGCGCUUAGACCUAAGCUAUCUGGGCAUAUGUUGCAUGUCUGUAUUUUAUGUCAUAAAUGUAACCUUAUGUAUUUUAUUGUAUUUUACUGUCUUUUUGCUGCCAUGUGUUCAAUGGAGUUUUGCCUCUGUCUUUGGAGAUAAUUGGAUUACUUCUAAUUAUCUCCAGGAUAGAAGACUCUAUGGAACUGGUUCAUCUAUCUUUUGAACCACUGGACCAAUUUGUAUGAUUUUGACGUAUGUUUGUAUUUGGAGUAUGCUGAUUCUGAAAAUGUAAUGCAUUAUGUGAAUGUGAUGCAUACUUUUCAAGUUAAGAAUAAUGUGGAAAAUUUGUAUUUCUCUGCUUGUUCUAAAUUACAUUACCCAUUGUGUAAGGUAAUUGAAUCACAUGCAGAGGGGAGGAAUUUGUGUGGGAGUGUCUGAGUGUAUUGUAUGUGUUUAUUGGUUGUGUUCCAAAACCCUGUGGGUGGUACUAAUGUGUAAGAAUGUGUACAUAAGCACAAUAAACCCACAGCUCUGUCUGUUCAAUGCUUGACCCUCAACACGGAGCUUUGUCUCAUCUUUGGGGGGAUUUACUGAAUGCUGAUAGAGACUGAUUGCUAGGAGUGUAAGCCGCUUGGAUGCUUUUCCUAUUCUUCUGCUCGCAGCGAUUCGUAUGGUUCCUGUUCGUGUGUUUGGAGUGCUAUAUUGGAUGCCGUUCGGGAGUUUGGAGCAUUCACUUAUUGGCGGUUCGUGUGUUUGGUGUUCUACAAUAGCUGUGCCUGCAUCUAUGAAAAGGGGGACGAUCGCCUAAACGGUUUUUACCCCUUGUGUGCAAAACGGUCCGUUACAAUUAUUUAAUAUGAAAGAUUUACAUAUACAUUAUAGACGAUGUAUGCAUUCUGUAAUGCAUGCCUAUAAGUAAAUGGAUGUUUUCAGUGUAUCUCCAGGCUUACCAUUGCUCUGUGAGAUCAGUAAUCCUUGAUUGACAGAGGCACUUUUUAUCAGACCAAAACCCAUGCUGGUAAUAAAGAGCUAGGGUACACAAAUAUUGCAGUCCUGCACAAGCAAAGGUCAUCUAAAAAAUGCACUCUCUGGAGCAGGGAGCAUUGGUGUAGGAAGUAAGAGGAAAGGGAUGACGAAUCCCUCCAGGUAUAUGCAAUGGGGAGGAUCAGAGAAGGAAGAUUGCUCCCUGCCCAGUCAUGAUGAUGUAGAUGUUGAGGUCAGGUAGGUUAAAUAGGUUUAUAUGCCAUUAUAUUAAAUUCUAGUACCAGUCGUCCCACUGAUGUGUAUCAUGUUCCUAAAGAAAACAGUAUGGCUUAGCAUAAUGAGAGAGAUCUCUCAUCUUUCCCCCACAACCACACUCCCUCAGCUGUCCUAUGCUCAUUUGCACCUGCUACAGCAGAAGAGGUUUCUUCUCGGCUCCAGUCCUCCAGCCCCACCACCCGUUCCCUCCAACCUCAUCCACUCUCCGUCUCCUUCUCUUGCUCUGCCUCUCACUAAAAUUUUUAAUCUCUAUCUCUCCACUGGCAUAUUUCCUCUACCUUUCAAACAUGCAACCAUAACCCUGAUUCUGAAAAAGCCCAACCUUGAGCCUCAUUUUCUGUCCAACUACCACCCUAUCUCACUACUGCCAUUUUCCUCCAAGAUCUUUGAGAGAGUUGUGUAUGCGAGAUUGACAGACUUCCUCGAAUCCAACUUUUUGCUUGAACUGCUUCAAUCUGGAUUCCGCACUCGUCACUCUGUUGAAACAGCUGUGAGCAAAGUAUCUAAUGAACUUAUCACUGCAAAAUCCCGUGGUCACUAUUCUAUCCUAAUUCUCCUUGACCUUUCUACUGCUUUUGACACUAUUAAUAAUCAACAGCGUCUUCUCAUCCUAUGUAAUCUCAGUCAACGAGAUACUGCUCUUUCCUAGUACUCUCCCUAACUCUCCCAGCACUCUUUCAGUGUUUCUUUCUCUGGCUCUGCCUCUUCUCCCUAAUCCCUCUAUGUUGAUCUUCCUCAAGGGUCUGUCUAUACUGCCUUCCUUGAUAAAACUCCGCUCCUUCGGCUUCCAGUAUUAUUUCUAUGCGGAUGACACGCAAAUGUAGCUGUUCUCUCCUGAUUUCUAACCACCCCCCUUGACUCAUGUCUUUGACUGCCUCUUUGCUAUUUCCAACUGUAUUGCUUCUCAUUUCCUUAAACCUAACCUGUGCAAAACAGAACUUCUGGUCUUCACUCCUUCAAGUGUUGCUACUCCUUUGUCUGUUUCCCACCAAGUCAAUGGUGCUACCAUAAGCUCUACCUCACAAGGUUAGAUUGUCCAGUUAAACGCCAAAUCCUGCUGCUUCCAUCUCAAAAACAUAGAGCGCCUCCGCCCCUAUUUAACGCCUGAUACGGCUAAGGUGCUUGCCCAUGCCACUAUCCUCUCUCACUUUGACUACUGUAAUCCGCUUCUCAGUGGUAUUACAUGUUCCCAACUUGCCCUGUUACAGUCUAUAAUGAAUGCGGAAGGUUCAUCUUCCUAGCUAAUCCUCCCUCUGUCAGUCCCUCUAUUGGCUUUAAUUUAAGAUCCUGAUACUUGCUUUCAAUUCUCUACACAAUGCUGCUCUGACCUACUAAUCCUCACUAAUACACAAAUAUGUCCCGUCUAGGCCCCUACGCUCUGCCAAGGGACCUAAGCCUAACUCUUUUUUGUACUCCUACCUCUGAUGCUCGCUUUAAAGACUUCUCUAGGGCUGCAUCAUUCCCAUGGAAUGCCCUUCCCCUCUCUGUUAGACUUUCACACAGUCUCCACUCCUUCAAAAAAUCUUUGAAAACUUCAGGAAAGCAUAUCAAUUAAACUGUAAACCACUUUCUCUCCACGCACCCUGAUUCCUAUCCUUGAACUGUUAUCAAAACAAAACACUAAGCCCUCAGUGAAUACUAUCAUAGCAUCCUACUGUUCUACCCUACCCUUACCUUUUGUGUCACUAUACCCCACUCCCUCUAGCAUGUAAGCUUAUUGAGCAGGGCCCUCAACCCCUCUGUUCCUGUGUGUCCAACUUGUCUGGUUACAAUCAGUCAGGUCCAUAAAUAUUGGGACAUCGAUACAAUUCUAAUCUUUUUGGCUCUUUACACCAACACAAUGGGUUUGAAAUGAAAUGAACAAGAUGUGCUUUAACUGCAGACUUUCAGCUUUAAUUUGAGGGUAUUUACAUCCAAAUCAGGUGAACGGUGUAGGAAUUACAACAAUUUGUAUAUGUGCCUCCCACUUUUUAAGGGACCAAAAGUAAUGGGACAGAUUAACAGUCAUAAAUCAAACUUUCACUUUUUAAUACAUGGUUGCAAAUCCUUUGCAGUCAAUUACAGCCUGAAGUCUGGAAUGCAUAGACCUCACCAGACACUGUGUUUCAUCCCUGGUGAUGCUCUGCCAUGCCUCUACUGCAACUGUCUUCAGUUCCUGCUUGUUCUUGGGGCAUUUUCCCUUCAGUUUUGUCUUCAGCAAGUGAAAUGCAUGCUCAAUCAGAUUCAGGUCAGGUGAUUGACUUGGCCAUUGCAUAACAUUCCACUUCUUUUCCUUAAAAAACUCUUUGGUUGCUUUUGCAGUAUGCUUCGGGUCAUUGUCCAUCUGCACUGUGAAGCGCCGUCCAAUGAGUUCUGAAGCAUUUGGCUGAAUAUGGUCAGAUAAUAUUGCCCGAAACACUUCAGAAUUCAUCCUGCUGCUUUUGUCAGCAGUCACAUCAUCAAUAAAUACAAGAGAACCAGUUCCAUUUGCAGCCAUACAUGCCCACGCCAUGACACUACCACCACCAUGCUUCACUGAUGAGGUGGUAUGCUUUGGAUCAUGAGCAGUUCCUUUCCUUCUCCAUACUCUUUGUGGCGGAACCAACCUCGCCACUGGCCUCUGGAGGAGCCUGGUUGCUCGCCUGCUCCCUUUAGACUAUGGCCCCAUGUUUAACACUGUUCUUUUUCCCUGCAGAAAGGCUGGUUCGUGCCUUUCUGCGGACUGUUAAAGUCACGAACACCGCUAAGCCGCCGACCUCCCUUCUGCUACCUGCAGUCAAUUAUCCGAACACCGGUCCAUUCGGUACUUUACUGUUUAAACCAUGCUACCCCAGAUAGCUAUGCCAUGGAGCCCAGCCAUAUACUGAAAGACUGUAUGAAAGACUUUGGCUCCAUGGCCAUUGAACUGUAUGUAUGUGAUCUGAACGCCAUCCGGUAAUAAUGUGCGCUCAGAUCUAAGCUAUCUGGGGAUAGGUAAAAUGUGUAUGUUCUGUGUGAUGAAUGUAACAGUAUGUAAUUUUAUGUCUUUUAUUGUCCUUUGUCUGCCAUGUGGUUAAUGGAGUUUUGCCUCUGUCCUUGGAGAUAAUUGGAUUACUUCCCAAUUAUCUCCAGGACAGAGAGGAGGGAUUGUAAUGCAUUAUGGGAUUGUAAGCUUGUGACUGGUCAAUGUCCAAUUUGUUUCCCAGUCUUCCAUCUGGUCCCCUAGGGGAGUGUUCACCAGAUGGGAGACCUGCAUAAAAGCCAGGCAGGUAGCCCCAGUAAAUCAGUUCUGCUUGACCCUCAAAUGAAGUGUCGUCUAGUUCUUGGGGGGAAUUUUAUUGUAUGCUGUUACAGUGCGACUGCCAGGAGUGUUUAAUUGUUCGCAUGGUUUUUCCUGUUCAGCUGUUUACAGCAUUCGCGUGUUUCCUGUUCGGGAGUUUGGAGCAUUCUCCUGGUUCCAGUUCGGGAGAUUGGUGAAUUCAUGUGUUUGCAGUUCGGGAGGUUGGUGAUUGCAGUAGCUGUCUGUGCAUCUGAAAAGGGGAAUAUCGCCUAAAUGGUUUUUAACCUCUUGUGUGCAAAACGGUCUGUUACACUCUUCUCUUCCCAUCACUCUGGUACAAGUUGAUCUUGGUCUCAUCUGUCCAUAGGAUGUUGUUCCAGAACUGUGAAGGCUUUUUUAGAUGUUGUUUGGCAACUCUAAUCUGGCCUACCUCUUUUUGAGGCUCCCCAAUGGUUUACAUCUUGUGGUGAACCCUCUAUAUUCACUCUGGUGAAGUCUUCUCUUGAUUGUUGACUUUGACACACAUACACCUACCUCCUGGAGAGUGUUCUUGAGCUGGCCAUCUGUUGUGAUGGUGUUUUCUCCACCAGGGAAAAAAUUCUUCGGUCAUCCACCACAGUUGUUUUCCGUGGUCUUCCGCGUCUUUUGGUGUUGCUGAGCUCACCGGUGCGUUCUUUCUUUUUAAGGAUGUUCCAAUCAGUUGAUUUGGCCACACCUAAUGUUUUUGCUAUCUCUCUGAUGGGUUUGUUUUGUUUUUUCAGCCUAAUGAUGGCUUGCUUCACUGAUAGGGACAGCUCUUUGGAUCUCAUAUUGAGAGUUGACAGCAACAGAUUCCAAAUGCAAAUAACACACUUGAAAUUAACUCUGGACCUUUUAUCUGUUCCUUGUAAAUAGGAUAAUGAGGGAAUAACACACACCUGGCCAUGGAACAGCUGAGUAGCCAAUUGUCCCAUUACUUUUGGUCCCUUGAAAAGUUGGAGGCACAUAUACAAACUGUUGUAAUUCCUACACCGUUCACCUGAUUUGGAUGUAAAAACCCUCAAAUUAAAGCUGAAAGUCUGCUGUUAAAGCACAUCUUGUUCAUUUAUUUCAAACCCAUUGUGUUGGUGUAAAGAGCCAAAAAGAUUAGAAUUGUGUCGCUGUCCCAAUAUUUAUGGGCCUGACUGUAUGUGUCUGUUAGUCCACCCAUUGUACAGCACUGCGAAAUUUGUUGGCACUUUAUAAAUACUAAUAAUAAAUAAUAACAUGCGCCCUAAGGAUUACAUAUUUGUUUUCACAGGAUAUCCCCUCAGAUUUUCUUUGAUUCCUGUUCCAGUGUCAAACCUUCAUAUUGUGCAUGGCCAUAUCUGGCCAAAGAGGACUAAAGAUGGUUGACACAAAAAUGCACAAAAAGAGGUAUUUAUAUCAUAAACAAAGUAAAGAUAAAGUCUAGUUUAAGAAAUGCACAUUUGUAAUGUACUUGAAUAAAACAGGCAAAACAAGAGAUUUAUUUAUUUUGCAAAAUUAUUUUAUUAAAUUCCUAAAAUUCUACCUGUUCUGCAAAUUCUGCUGCUAGUCUGAGCCACUAAUUAAUUUCUCCUUUACUGACUUCCUUGUACGUGCUGGGCAGUGUCCAAUCAAAUAACAUUUCAUAAAGACCUAUUGGACACAGUGAGUACAUUUGUAAACUAUUAAAACACAAUAGAUAUUGGUAAGUUCUAUUUAUGACAUGUUAUGUUUUGCAUAGAUUAUUUAUUACUUUUAUUUUCCAUCAUUGUUAACAAGUUAUAUCUCUAUCACUAAUUUCUCAUGUCAUUUAGACUUAUUUUUACAUUAUAUUCAUAUAUAUUUAUACUAAUACACAAGAUCCAGCACACUCACUAUGCACUAAACAGCAAUUUUUUCAGUUUUCAUAUGUUUUAAGGCCAUAGGCCUGUAUUUGUGGGAGGAGUUUGAAUCUAUCUUUAUCCUAUAAAACCCCUAAUAACCCACUUACAUGGGCCGUUCUCAUUCAGGUCAUACGUUACCUUGAUCACCACUUGGACUUCCAGUUCGGCUCUUCAAGUCAAUUUUUUUUCCUGUACUUACCUUCCUCCACGAGAUCAGACCACUCUCCAUACCGACAGCUGCCUCCAUCUGCUUUGGAGCCUCGCUGCCAGUCACUUCCUGGAUUCUGUCUCAAGGUUCUCUCGGGCGCCCACUUCUGGGAAUUUCCCCAUUUCCUAUUCUUACGUACGGUGUUCAGCUCAUAUAGGACCACUCGUGCCUUACGGGCAUUUCGCUGGUCUCAGGUUUUCGUAUAAUUUUUUUAGUUUUCCCAUACUUUCUUAUGGUUCUAAUUGUUCAGCACUUUGCAUUCGUAUACUUAAGCCCUCACAUCUGCAUUUGCAUGAAUUAUGCUUAGUUAUGUUUCGUGCUUGGUUAUUUGCCUUUCAUUAUUUCUCCUUGGCAUUUGAGUUUUGAGGAGCGCUUAAGUUAUCCAGUUAUUUAGGCUACUAUGCAGUAUACUAAAAUGUGUUUUCUGGCUGGUUUAAAAUUGUACUUCAAUCAGCUUGUUACGCUCAUUAUUAUUAAUAUUAUUAUUAUUAUUAAUCCCUGUAUGUUAAUCACUUGUUGGUAAACUCUAGCUGGUCAUUUAAAUGCCUUUCCUUUAUUCCUUUCUUACAAACUAUUCGCUGUGUUAUAUUAUUGUCCACUUGUUAAUCAUGAUGGGCAUAAGUUUUUUUUAUUUUUGUUUUAUCCACUUAUACGUGUAUGUCUGGCAUGGUAGUUGGAAAUUGUAAAGUAUACGUAUAGUUGUAUUUAUCUGCAAUACUCUCUUAUAGGCUUCAUAGGCAAGGCUCUCGGUGGCCUUCCCGACAUUGUCUCAAGCUAUUCACUAUUUCCAUACUGUUUGUGUUAAGGUAUUUAUUAUUACGUUUAAUUCAAUGUACACCUUUUUCCAUACUGGAAACAUCACUCUGCCUUAUUUCAAAUUUCAGGUUACAAAUUUAUCCUAGCAUUUUAGCGACUUUUAAGCCCAUCAUUCCUUGGGGUUUGGCGUGGGGCUUCCCUUUUUAAGCUUCACCCACGAUACGCAUAUGUUAACAGUCAGACAUUUAUAAUUUACGGCUUCAAUUCUAUACAUUUCUUUUUAUGGCAUUUCAAUGUAGGGUUAAAAUGUCUCUUUCCUGGCUGAAAGAAAACGGUAGGAGUGGAUUUGUGUGUUGGUUGCUAUGUGAGAGGUGGUCAAAGGGGACAAAGGGGUGGGGAGGGUUGUGGCAAGAUGUCACUUAAUAUAUUAUCUAUUAACGCAAGGGGUUUAAACUCAGGACAGAAAAGAGGUUAUUUAUACAAACUAUUAAUUGAUAGUAAAACUGAUAUUGGCUUCGUUCAGGAAACACACUGGAUAAACUCUAUAUCUAAGCUAUGGAAAUAUAAAAAAUUUCCAGCUCUAAUUUAAUUGGAAAAAACAAGAAAAGAGGGGUAGCAAUUAUUUUUUCAAGUAGAUUGAGGAGAUGGAUUCUGGGGGCAGGUUUUUAAUAGUCAUAGCUUGAAUUAACGACAUAUUGUAGAAACAUAGAAACAUAGAAUGUGACGGCAGAUAAGAACCAUUAGGCCCAUCUAGUCUGCCUAAUUUUCUAAAUACCUUAUCUUAUAGUUAGGAUAGCCUUAUGCCUAUCCCACGCAUGCUUAAACUCCUUUACUGUGUUAACCUCUACCACUUCAGCUGGAAGGCUAUUCCAUGCAUCCACUACCCUCUCAGUAAAGUAAUACUUCCGGAUAUUAUUUUUAAACCUUUGUCCCUCUAAUUUAAGACUAUGUCCACUUGUUGUGGUAGUUUUUCUUCUUUUAAAUAUAGUCCCCUCCUUUACUGUGUUGAUUCCCUUUAUAUAUUUAAAUGUUUCUAUAAUAUCCCCCCUGUCUCGUCUUUCCUCCAAGCUAUACAUGUUAAGAUCCUUUAACCUUUCCUGGUAAGUUUUAUCCCGCAACAUAAAAAAACAGAAAGCAAGAGAGCUGAAUGAGCUUAAUAUAGAUUUGGCAAAAUUGGAGCGACUCCAUAAGAUCACUUUAGACUAUAUGGUUUUGGAGGAUAUUGAGGAGAUUAGAAAAAAAAUCUUGGUAAGAACUCAAGAGAAAAUAAACAAAGCAAUGUUAAUAUUAAAGCAGGGAUGGUAUUAUGGAAACAAUAAAACAGGGAAAAAUCUUUCAAAUAAAUUUAAAAACCAAGAAUAAAUUUCAAUCUGUAAAAAAUAUCAUCAAAAAACUUUUUUCACUAACUCAAAUAGCCACAGCAUUCAAAGAAUAUUAUAAAUGUUUGUACAAUCUAACAGUUAAGGAGCCUUCUAACUGGGAAAUACAGUAGUUUUUGGAUAAACUAAAAUUGCCAAAAAUACCCAUUGAAAAAUUAAUUCAGCUAAGUAGUCUUUUCUCUAUACAGGAGAUAAGUAAUAACAUUACAGGGAGUGCAGAAUUAUUAGGCAAGUUGUAUUUUUGAGGAUUAAUUUUAUUAUUGAACAACAACCAUGUUCUCAAUGAACCCAAAAAACUCAUUAAUAUCAAAGCUGAAUAUUUUUGGAAGUAGUUUUUAGUUUGUUUUUAGUUAUAGCUAUGUUAGGGGGAUAUCUGUGUGUGCAGGUGACUAUUACUGUGCAUAAUUAUUAGGCAACUUAACAAAAACAAAUAUAUACCCAUUUCAAUUAUUUAUUAUUACCAGUGAAACCAAUAUAACAUCUCAACAUUCACAAAUAUACAUUUCUGACAUUCAAAAACAAAACAAAAACAAAUCAGUGACCAAUAUAGCCACCUUUCUUUGCAAGGACACUCAAAAGCCUGCCAUCCAUGGAUUCUGUCAGUGUUUUGAUCUGUUCACCAUCAACAUUGCGUGCAGCAGCAACCACAGCCUCCCAGACACUGUUCAGAGAGGUGUACUGUUUUCCCUCCUUGUAAAUCUCACAUUUGAUGAUGGACCACAGGUUCUCAAUGGGGUUCAGAUCAGGUGAACAAGGAGGCCAUGUCAUUAGAUUUUCUUCUUUUAUACCCUUUCUUGCCAGCCACGCUGUGGAGUACUUGGACGCGUGUGAUGGAGCAUUGUCCUGCAUGAAAAUCAUGUUUUUCUUGAAGGAUGCAGACUUCUUCCUGUACCACUGCUUGAAGAAGGUGUCUUCCAGGAACUGGCAGUAGGACUGGGAGUUGAGCUUGACUCCAUCCUCAACCCAAAAAGGCCCCACAAGCUCAUCUUUGAUGAUACCAGCCCAAACCAGUACUCCACCUCCACCUUGCUGGCGUCUGAGUCGGACUGGAGCUCUCUGCCCUUUACCAAUCCAGCCACGGGCCCAUCAAGACUCACUCUCAUUUCAUCAGUCCAUAAAACCUUAGAAAAAUCAGUCUUGAGAUAUUUCUUGGCCCAGUCUUGACGUUUCAGCUUGUGUGUCUUGUUCAGUGGUGGUCGUCUUUCAGCCUUUCUUACCUUGGCCAUGUCUCUGAGUAUUGCACACCUUGUGCUUUUGGGCACUCCAGUGAUGUUGCAGCUCAGAAAUAUGGCCAAACUGGUGGCAAGUGGCAUCGUGGCAGCUGCACGCUUGACUUUUCUCAGUUCAUGGGCAGUUAUUUUGCACCUUGGUUUUUCCACACGCUUCUUGCGACCCUGUUGACUAUUUUGAAUGAAACGCUUGAUUGUUCGAUGAUCACGCUUCAGAAGCUUUGCAAUUUUAAGAGUGCUGCAUCCCUCUGCAAGAUAUUUCACUAUUUUUGACUUUUCUGAGCCUGUCAAGUCCUUCUUUUGACCCAUUUUGCCAAAGGAAAGGAAGUUGCCUAAUAAUUAUGCACACCUGAUAUAGGGUGUUGAUGUCAUUAGACCACACCCCUUCUCAUUACAGAGAUGCACAUCACCUAAUAUGCUCAAUUGGUAGUAGGCUUUCGAGCCUAUACAGCUUGGAGUAAGACAACAUGCAUAAAGAGGAUGAUGUGGUCAAAAUACUCAUUUGCCUAAUAAUUCUGCACUCCCUGUAAAGCACUAAAAGUGGGCAAAGCCCCAGGUCCAGAUGGUUUUUCAUCGAUUAUUUUUUUUCUUUUCUUUUUCUUUUUUUUUUUAUAAGAAAUUAAAUGGUAUAAUUUCUCCAUAUAUGUUGAGGACAUUUAAUUAAUUUGCCACUCAUAAAGGAAUUCCAUCAGAAAUACUUCAGGCCUCCAUAAUGCCAAUCCCAAAACCAGAUAAGGAUCUGGCAUAUACUUUAAAUUAUAGGCCAAUUUCUCUGAUUAACUUAGACAUUAAAUUGUAUUCUAGAAUUUUGGCCGAUAGACUUAAAGGAAUCAUACCAGAUAUCGUGCAUUUAGAUCAGAGCGGGUUUGUGGAGGGUAGGGGCACACCCGACAAUAUUAGGAAAUUAAUGUUUUAUAUCACGCGGGUCAAAGCCCGUCCCCUUUUGCCUUGGUCACCCUCGAUGCCGAGAAGGCUUUUGACCGUGUUAGCUGGAAAUAUCUGGAAGAGGUUCUGAGUGCCUUUGGCAUAGGGGGUGUUUUUUUUUUUUUUUAUUCUUUAUUUUUGGUCUGACGAAGAGGUCGAUGUAGAGAUAUGCAGGCAUAUGUAUGCAAGUGACAGCGCAGUGUCAUACAGUUUUUUACAGAAUGAAAGUUGCAGUGGUUAGGUUAAACAUGUUACAGGCAUUGUACUCUCUGUAGGUGUCUUCGUCCGAUAUUUUCUGUUAUGUUGGCAAGCACAGGUAACUAUAUACAAUGGUAGUAGUGUUGAGGAGUAGGCUUAGGGAGUAGAGUCGCAGUCCCUAACCCCUUGGGGCAUAUGACUGUUCCCCCGCCUUCCCUGUUGUCUGCGGAUCAGAGACGUAUUUUAGCCUGACUCCCCUUUCGCCGGCUUGUGAGUCUAGAGUGCUUGCAUUCAAUAGAUAGGUAGAAGAGAGAGAUAGGAAAGUAGAGACAAGUAGAUGCAUAGAGGUGUCGUCUUGAGAUGGUUUCCCGAGGGACCAGCGACAGAGGUCAUCAGGUUCCCCGGGCAGCGCUCCGUGUGUUAGUUUUGACCGUGCCCCUGUCCUGUAGUGGCGCCGCUACCACUAGUCCAGGUGCUGGUGUGAUAUUUAGCGUUGGGUUUAUCCCAGUUAUUACCACUUUUGCGGAACGCGUGGAUGCCGCCCCACGCCCCGAGUCAUGAUUCUAAGUGUCGUAUUGCUCCCACAGAUCCCAGACCCUCUGGAACUUAGUCAUAGUGUUUUGCACCUGUGCGGUUAAUUUAUCCAUUAUGUAGUUGUCUCGCAUUUUUGUCUUGACCAGGGCUAUCUGUGGGAGGUCUGGGCACGACCACUGUUGCGCUAGGGCCCUUCGGGCCCCUAGAUAGAGCAUGUUGAGAAGCCUUUGUUCGUGUCUGGGGAGGCCCUCUGUGGGUCUUGAUAGUAGGCACGCCCAUGGGUCUAGCGUCAGUCGUUUUUGUAUAAUUUGUGAGCUGAGCUCUACUAUGUUGCGCCAGUAUGCCGUGACCCCAGGGCACUCCCACCACAUGUGGAUAUAUGUGCCCCGUCCCCCACACCCAUGCCAACAGUCGUCUGUGGGGCUCAGUCCCAUGUGUUUCUGUUUUACUGGGGUCAUAUACCAUCGGAAUAGCGUUUUAUAGGAUUGUUCUUGGGGAAUUACACACAUUGUGGUUUUGGUUCAUGCCUCCCAAAUGUCUUGCCACUCCGUUCCCUCAAGUACCUCCCCCAGGUCGGCUUCCCAUUGGUCAGUGUAGCGUAGUGUGCCCUCCCCACCCGGAGCCCCAUUAAGGUGGUUGUAUAUUAGUGUGAUAAGUUUAGUUUGUGUAGUUUCAUUGUAACAAAGUUUUUCGAAAAAGGUUAGUGGCGUCAGGGCCGCCUUCUGCACUUCGGGCUUUUGCGCGAAGUCUCGAAUUUGUAAGUACCUGAAAUAGUCUCUUGUUUGUAAGGUGGCUUUGGUGCAUAGGUGUUCGUACGUGACUACAUUUUGGUUCACAAAAAGAUGGACAUAUCGUUGGAGCCCUGUGGCCUCCAUUCCCUUGUAGUUUCUCGCCCUCAUUCCCAGGGGAAAAGCUCUGUUUCUGAGGACCGGCACCAUGGGGGACAAGUAGGGGCUGAAGGCGUAUUUUGUUUUGGUUUGGUCCCAUAUCUGUAUGGAAUUGAGUAUGGCCGGGUUUGCGGUUCGUAGUAUGGCUCUUUGAGUUCUAGGUGCCCAUAUGAAAAACUGUGGAAGGUCCUGCCCUGUCAUCAGCGACUCCAGAUCUACCCAUCGUCUCCUGUCUGGGGGUGCAUGCCAUUGUAUGACCUGAGUCAGCUGCGCUGCUAGGUAGUAAGCGUAUAUAUUAGGCAGUCCCAGUCCCCCUCUGGGUUUCGGUCUGUACAUGAGGGCGCGAGCUAUUCUUGGGUGUUUGUUGUGCCAGAUGAAGGAAUCUAUCGCCUUUUGUAUGCCUGUCAGGUCCCCCCGGGUAACUCGUACCGGGAGUGCCUGGAAGAGGAACAGGAGCCUCGGUAGCACAUUCAUUUUUAUUGAGUUUACUCGCCCCAGCCAGGAAAUGGGCCUGUCUGUCCACUGCUCUAGUUCUGUGUGGAGGGUCCGGAGCAGCGGCGUGUAGUUCUGUGCGAAGAGGGAGGAUAUAUUGGCUGUUAGGCGGACCCCCAAGUACAUGACUUCGUCUGUGGCAAUCUUUAGGUGAUAUUUGCUGUGUAUGUGGGCUCCAGGUGGAAGGGCAUUGCCACUGAUUUAGAGUAGUUGAUUUUGUACCCUGCUAUAUUCCCGAAUCGCUCUAGGACAUGUGUUAAGUGGUGGAGUGAGGAUAUAGGUUCCCUUAGUGUUAGCAGGAUAUCGUCGGCAUACACCGAGACCGUGAAUGGUGUGCCCCCAAUUUCAAUGCCUUUAAUGUGUGGGUGUUGUCGAAUAGCUUGUAGCAGGGGCUCUAAAGUUAGGGCGAAUAGUAAGGGGGACAGGGGGCAGCCCUGUCUGGUGCCGUUUCUCAGGGUAAAGGGUGUCUUGUGUGCCCCCGUGAUGAGUAUUUGUGCUCUCAGGUCAGUGUAUAAUGCUUGUAUUGCUGCUACAAAAGUCGUUGGGAACCCCUGGAGAUGGAGUAGUUCGAACAGGUAAGGCCACAGCACCCUGUAAAAUGCCUUCUCCGCGUCCAGUGAGAACGCCAGAGAGGGCACCCUGGAUUCCCCCAUGUGCCAUAUUGUGCUAACCCCUCGUCGCGUGUUUUCAUAUAGUUGGCGUCCGGGCAUAAAGCCCACCUGGUCCAGGUGGAUCAGGCGCGGGAGAAGGGGAUUGAGUCUGGAUGCUAAUAUUUUAGCAAAUAUCUUGAGGUCGGUGUUGAUGAGUGAUAUUGGCCUGUAACUGGGGGCUAAUGUGUCAUCUUUCCCGGGUUUUGGCAAUAGUACUACAUUUGCCGUUGCCAUAUCUCUGUCGGGCUUCCCACCCUGCAUAAAGUGGUUACUGAGAACUGUGAGUGGGGGGGCUAACACUUCUUUAAAUUGUUUAUAAUAACUGACGUCAUAUCAGUCAGGUCCUAGUGCCUUAUUGCCUUUCAGGGAUGCUAUGGCUGCCUCCACCUUAAGUCGGGUCUCAGCCUCUGCGCUGCUCACUUUUUGGAUGGCAAGUUCGGUGAGAAAUUGGUGAAUGCUCGUCAUGUAGGUCGCGUUAGUGGCCUGGAGGUGGGGGGAGUGAUUGUAGAGGUCCGAGAAAUAUGAUGUAAACACUUCAUUAAUAGUGUCGGGCGUCUUUGCUAGUGUGUUUGCUGUUGUGCGUAUUUUCGUUAUGGUUUUGCCUUGCGGCCUCGGGCGUAGUACCCUAGCCAUCUGUCUUGUUCGCCUUUUCAUAGAAUAGGCGUCUCGACCACAGUAUGGAACGCGAUACCGCCUCCAGCGUGAUAUCCCUGAUAGAGUGUCUGAGUGCGUUUAGUUCCCUAAGGUUCGAGUCAGUCGGAUUGGUUUUGUGUUGUUGCUCCUUUUUGCGUAGGGCUGACUGUAGGUCGAGCAGCUGUUUCGUUUUAGCUCGCUUUUUCUGGGUGGCUAGGUUUAUAAAGUGGCCGCGUAGGACUGCUUUGUGUGCUGCUCAGACCGCGGUGGGGCUAGCUUCGGGAGUAGCGUUGGUCUCAAAGUAUUCUGUGAUAGCCUGUUGGGUCUUUGCUUGUGUUUUAUCAUCCCUCAAGAGGCUAGUGUUGAGCCUCCACGACCAGUUGGAUUUAUAGCAUAAGUUGCCUAGCGUGAGUGUUAUGUCCGCGUGAUCUGACCAUGUGAUGCUGUUAAUGUCCAAGUGGAGGACUUUGGCCAUCCCUGCCCCAUUAAGAAACAUGUUGUCUAUUCUGGAGUAGGUAUUGUGUGGCGCGGAGUAGAAUGUGUAGUCAGAUGUGGUCGGGUGCUGCAGCCGCCAAGCAUCUAGUAGGCCUGUGUGUGUCAAGAACGUGUGCAAUAGCUUGUCUUGGCUCCCUCUGCUCUGUGAUCUCACGGUUUGCUGUUUUGAUCUUCUAUCCGCUGCCGGACUAGGCACCGCAUUGAAGUUGCCUCCAACGAGGAGGACCCCCCCCCAGCCCCCGCCACCAACAUCUCCAGGUUUGUCCAGAACAGAUGGUCUGGUUCGUUGGGUCAUAUACGUUAAUGAUAUGCACUUUUGUGGUGUAGAGGGUGCCCCCUAUGUACAGGAAUCUCCCCUCUGGGUCAGCUUGAAUGGUGGUGAUGUGUAGUGGGCAGUUUUUAUGCAGGAGGAUCGCCACUCCUGCUCGCUUACGUUGUGAGCGUGCUUCGUGUACUGUCGUGUAGGUUCUGUCAGUUAGUCUGGUGGGCGCCGACCUGGGGAGGUGCAUCUCCUGUAUCAGUGCAAUGUCUAUUUUUUGGUCUUUAGGUCCCUUACCAGGAAUCUGCGCUUGUUGGGGGAGUUGAGACCCUUGACAUUAAAGGAUAGUACCUUAAGUGCCAUGAGGAGGCGCGAGCAGUGCCAUUACUGUUGCGGGAUUCCCGGUCCUCUUGGAACCGCGGAGCGCAGUGUGCGUGUGGUCAAUUGUGAGGGCCCCCCUCGGUGGCGCGGGCGGCAUCCUGGCAGAUAGAGUGGGUUGUAGAUCAAUACUUGUCUUAAGAGAUAGUGUAAGAAGAAGAGAGAGAAGUUGAGUGUCAAGGAACAUUUUCAACAUACAUGCAUAUGAACAAAUAAAAUAAACACAUGAGAACAAUCUGGUCUUAACCUGUGCCAGAUUAAGGUGGGGGUGUUCACCCCUUCCAAGUGGCGUGCAGAAAGUCACCUCUCGGAGUUGAUGAUCCCCCCGCGCCUAUCCACUAUAGUAUGGUGGGCAACCAGCGUUGUGUUACGGCCCGCAGUCUAGGGUAUUUCAGUGGGGCGAUAAGCAUCUUUAUUUGCUCCUCCGUGCCCAGGUUUUGCGCCCUUGCCGCUUUACCGCGGCGUCCGCCCCAGGUUCCUGUUAUCCUGUGGGUCACUGGGUUUUAAUGCUGGGGUGAACCCCGGUCUUAUUUGGGUUGAGGGUGCCUCAGGAGGGUUUUUUUUUUUUUUUGGGGGGGGAGUUAUGGGUGGUCCCUACUGUGGUGUCAGCGGGUACGUUGGGCCCCGGCUAAUGCCCCUCGUCUAUGGUGCAUAGAUGCCUUCGUUGCUUUUACGGCCCAGCCAGGGGCUACCUGUCUUGCAGGUAGUAGGGGUUGGGGUGUGUCCAGGUGGUCCUCGCGGGUUUAGCCCCCCCGGGGCCUAGCGUGCUGCUGUGUUUCUGCUUCAGCAAAUUUCUUAUGCGUUAUGCAUUAUGCCUAUCUGCUCUACCCCCCACCCCCACCCCCCCUGGUGGUACAUCCCCAAAGCUAGUGACCAGGCCAUUAGAAGUGAGGCUUCUAAAAAUAAGAUAAAAAUAAAAUAAGGGCGCAAUAGAGUAAAGUAAUAUAAUAUAAGGGGCAGUUUUGUUUAGUAUAGUGUCCCCUUCUGGAAACUUAGCUGUCCUGUGUGCGGACAAUGCCGCUGUGAGUCCUGAGAAUGCAGACCUGCUUUAGGCUUCAGUUCUCCCGGUCUGCUUGUGCCGUGACCGUAUACCAGUCUCUUGGGAGAGGUGUGAGGGCUUGUCGAGCGGGUCCUGGUAAAGCAAAGUGGUGGUGGUGUGACGUCCAGGUCCCGGAGGAAUUUUCGUGGGUCUCCUCCUGGUAAGUAGGUGAUUGGUCUCCCAGCUUUAAGGGCCACGAUUUUAAAUGGGUGACCCCAGGUGAAGCGGAUUUCGUGUUGCCGCAAGAGGUCUGUCAACGGCUUCCAAUCCCGCCGUCCCUGCAGUGUGCUCGGGGCCAUAUCUUGGUAUAGGGAGAUGGAUUUGCCCUUGUAUGUGAAUUCGUGAUUUCUAUUGUGCCUCAGGAGUGCCUCCUUAGUGGUGUAGUGGUGGAAGCAUAUUAUGAUGUCUCUUGGCACAUCUGUGUUCGAGCGCCGGGCACGCAGUGCCCUGUGUGCCUGGUCCAUCGCCCAUUGGACUUUCGGUAUGUCUGGUAGUAUGCUGCUGAAGUACGCCUCCAUAAUGGGCGCGAGGGGGCCUUCUUGUGUUGCCUCUGGCCAUCCCCUGACGCGGAGAUUAUUCCGCCUUGUGCGGUUUGAAAGAUCCUCCACUUGCAUUUCCAGCUCGCUGAGUUGGUGAUUCAGGGAUGUGGAGUGCUGCACCAUCGAGUUAUGGCUUUGUACUAUAGCUUCCAUGCGCUGCUCCAGCUCUGAAGUGCGGGCGCCUAGGGCCUGGAUUUCGGCCUUAAUAUCUAGCGUGCUGCGCGUGAUUUCGCCCGCCAGGAACAUUUUAACUUCUGCUAGUUGUUGCAGAAUUUGUGCGGUGUUGUCGCCGUGUUGUCCAGGCUGUCCCCUGUCUGUUUCUGCGGAAGGGGAUUGCGAGCCUCGUGUGCCCGUCCGGCGGCCAUCUUGUGCGGCCUGUGUGUUCCUCGAGGCCGUGAACAUGUCGGCCACUGUCGGGGCUGAAUCGUGUGGUUCCCCUCUUUUUUUCCUGCGUGGGGUGACUCCAGGGCCUGUGUGGGACAUGUAGGUAGCUGUUUGUGGUUGCGAUGCUUGUUGCCGGUGCUUGAUUAGACGUGGAUGCGCGGGAGCUCCCUUGCUAAGCUGCCAUCUUCGUCGGCUGCCAAGCCACGCCCCCCAUAGGGGGUGUUUUUAAUGGCAUUAUAUAAGGAUCCCCAAGCUAGGGUCUCUGGAUUUAUGUUUCAAUCAGAAUGGUUCCCAAUUAGAAAUGGGACGCGACAAGGUUGCCCCUUGGCUCCUCUGUUAUAUAUCCUUUCUAUAGAGCCUUUGGCAGCAGCCAUUAGACAGAGUGAGGAUAUUAGUGGGUUAAAGGUGAAUACUUUGGAGAACAAAAUUACACUCUAUGCAGACGAUGUCCUCCUGUCUCUCACGGACCCCAUUAGAUCUAUUCCUGCAGCAUUCCGUCUGAUUAAGGAAUACGGUAAACUUUCUGGUUAUAAAGUAAAUAUUAAAAAAACACAAAUUCUGAUAAAGGGCCUAACUGGGCCUAGGGAAAAAAUGCUUAAGGAGGAAUUUAAGUGUGACUGGGAGGCUAGGAGUAUAAAAUACCUAGGGGUGAUCUUAUGUUUGGAUUAUAGUGAAAUCGGUAAACUUAAUUAUCUAGAAAUAGCUACUUAAUUUAGGAGAAUUUUUAAAACAUAGAGGGGAGUAGAACUGUCAUGGAUGGGAAGAAUUGAGGCAGUUAAUUCCUAUUUACUUCCCAAAUUUACAUUUUUAUUUAGGAAUCUCCUGCUGAUGGUGGAUUCUCAGACGAUACGCGGUCUUCAAAAACAGAUUUCAGAUUAUACCUGACAGGAUAGGCGACCUAGAGUUUCACUGGAAAUCCUACAGAGAGAUUGGAGUGAGGGGUGGAGUUUCCUUCCCGGAUGUCCAAAAAUGAUAUAUGAUUAACAUGACCGUACAUCUAGUUAUGUGUGAUAAUUUUACAACCUCAAGACCAACUUGGCUAGAUAUUGAAAGAGCUGAUCUUAGCAAUAUCACACCCGUAUAUCUUAUUUGGUGUGACAAUAAGUUUGUGAAAAGCAUAAAAUCUAACAAUCCGAUUAAUGAAUAAUACAAUGAUUUAUGUAGUAAAAUAUUUAAAGAAAAAAUAUGGUAUCAAAUACAUUUCAAGAAGUGCCCCACUAGUAUGUUUAAAAUUUUAUAUAAAAGACAUAAAUAAUCAAGAAUGGUAAAAGUGCGGAAUUGUACAUUUUGCGGAGUUAUUAGAGGGAAAUCAAAUCUUACCAUUUCCAAUGUUACAGCUCAAAUUUAAUCUCCCUUCCAAAGAGCUAUUUAACUAUUUAAGAAUAAAAUCUUUUAUCUUAAGUAAAGAAUUUUUGGAAAAUACCCCAAUUGAUCAAUUGAUAGCAUUGCAUUAUAGGAAAAAAAUUGCUUCCAGAUUUAACUGUUUUAUAAAAAAUCAAAGGCAAAUAGAUAAAGCGUCUGCAUUGAUUAAAUGGGAGCAAGAAUUUCAAACCUCUUUUUCGCUCGAAGAGUGAUUAUUGGGCCUAUACUAAGUGAAAAGACAUAUACAUGGGGUAAAUAUACAGGAAGUGUACUUUAAACUUGUUUACCGAUGGUACGUAGUGCCCACUCGUCUUCAUUGGGCUCAUUUCCCUACAUAUGGUGGGACUGUGAUGAGCUGAAUCCUAUGAAUUUAAUUCCAUUCGAGCUAGUAAAUUUUAUUCUUAAAGCACAAACUGAUAUAACUGCCCAAUUGUUUUUGUUUCAUUUAGAUAUGCCAACGGUUAAUACAUCGUACAACUUCUGUCCAGGGGGUCUCUGGCAAGGAAACAUGGUGACUCACUCAAAAUUAGAUCUUGGCCCCAAGCAAGUACACAAACACCCUUCAGGAUCAUUAGAUAUAUACCCUGUGGUUUAUCAAGUCUUGCCCAGGGGUGAAAUUAAGGAGUACCUACAGAAAUAAUAACUGACCACCUCCUUUGUUCCAGACCACUGUCAAUCCAAAUGGAAACAUUUGACUCUAUCUUCUUUUUUGUACCUGCCACAGAAAUAAUAAUUGCAUCUACAAAUUUGUUAUUAUUUUCCCAUUCCAUAGACAUGUUGCACGUCCCACCCACGAUCCAAUAGGACGGGACACAUCACAAUUCCUUUCCCUAGGGUCAAGUUAGGCCACUCAUGUUUGGACUUGGUUAGAAGAUGGCGCUUGUCACAUUCCAAAUAUAACAAAAAUGAGGCGUUAUUAUUAUUCUGUGGGGGUAAAUAUGAAUGUUUUUGUCCUUCCUUUGGAUAUGAUACUAGAACAAAGCUAAUGGCAUUUACAUAUCAAAGAGAUUUACUCAUCACUUACAAGGUACAUGCCAAAUGGAUGAAGAGACAUUCAGACUUUUUCCAAGUGUAGAACCUCACACCUUGCAGAGCUUUUAUUACUUCACAUCCAUAUAGUAAAAUCCUUUUCACAUUCCUAUGCCAUUCACACUACCCCUUCUGUCAUCUGACCUCUGUGGGGGUCCCAGCUUCAAAAGAUGUAACCCCUGUUGACCUCAGCAAUAGCAUCUCUGUAAUUUGUGCCAUUUACUACAAGAAAUCACAUUAAAAGAUGAUAUUCCAUAGUGUAAUAAUAAAUUAUACACCCUUGCCGUGGCACCGGGUACCUCUACUGUUGUGGACGUCCCUCAUCAUACCCUAUAAGAGGGUAUUGUACCACUUAUAGGAUAUGCUAGAGCUGGCUAGAGCUCUUUUACAUUUAAGUGUAAUAUCGCUACUGUGACUAUAUCUAGUUAUUGAGUUUUGACAUAUUGCACUUUCAGUUCUUCCUGUUUUUAUCUCCUUUCACAUAAAAGAUUGAACUACCACAUCCCCCAAGCACAAAGAAUUUAUGCUUACCUAGCAUCUACAGCUGCACUUACCUCUAAAUUAGAGGCAUCCUUUUUAUAAGAGGACUAUUAUUGUUGGGACUAUCCAUUUUUUACUAGACAUCUGCAAUUCGGUUCAGUCCGAAUGGAAAUUCAGACGAAUUUCGGACAUGCGGAUGCUUCCGAAUGGCAGAAUUGCCGAAUAUUGGAAGUGCCGAACCGAAGUGCCAAUGUGCCAAAUUUUGGAAGUGCCAAAGUGCUUCAGACUUCUGAAAAGUGGCAAAACGGUAGGGGUAGGAUUGGGGUUGGGGUAGGUAUAGGGGUUGGGGUAGAGUUAGGAGUUUGGUUAGGGGUAGGGUUGGGUGGUAGGGGUAGGGUUAGGAGUAGGGUUGGGGUUAGGCUAGGAGUAGGGUUAGAGUUAGGGUAGGGUUAGGAGUAGGGUUAGGGGUAGGGUUUGGGUUAGGGAUGGGUAAGGAGUAGGUUGGGGUAGGGUUUGGAUUAGGAUUGGCUAAGGAGUGGGUUAGGAGUAGGGUUAGGAGUAGGGUUAGGGUUAGAGUUAGGAGUAUGGUUAGGGUACCUCUACCCCUAAUCCUAACCUAACCCUACUCCUAAACCUAAUCCUACACCUAACCCUACUCCAAACCCUACUCCUAAUCCCAACCCAACCCUAACCCUACUCGAAACCUAACCCUAACCCUACUCCUAAUCUAACCCUAACCCUACUCCUAAUCCAACCCUAACCCUACCCCUAACCUUACACUUACCUGAAUUGUCAAAGUCCCGAAUUUCAGAAGUACUGAACUGAAUUGCCGAAGUUUGAAUUGCCGAAGUGCCGAAACGAACUGAAUUGCCAAAUUGCCAAAGUGUCAAAUUUCGGAAUUCUGAACCAAACUGAAUUUGUUUGCCCAUGCAUAUCCCUAUUUUUUACUUUGUUUCAUACCUGUUAUCCGAAUUGCCGUGUGUUAUUGUGAUGUUAUGUGGCGCAGCGCUUUUUCCUUUACUUGAUUGUACUUCCAAUGUUUGUCUGUCAGCAUAAUUUUGGCCAUAUAAUAUAUCACUUGGGACAAUAUCGGCCAAUACCCAAAAGGUCUUUUAUAAACCAAGUAAUUUGGUAUAGCUUUAUCUGUAAACAAUCUUAUUCAAUGCACCACACAGAAACCUAUUUCAUGUAGAAGCAUCUUAAAAUGUCUUAAAUCUGACACAGUAAAUAACAAUGUUAUGCUACAAAGAUGCUGAUGCAGCAGGAUUCAGAGUUACGUAUAGACAAGACACCUGUUCCCUUGUUUAUCAUAACAUGAAGAAUUUAACAUGUUUUUUGCAUUGCAUUAUGUCACUGUGCGUAUAUCUUCGGUGCUGGAACCCAGCUGACUGUCCUUGGUAAGUGCCUUGGAAUAAAACUUUUUGUUCAUAUAUUUUUAAAUCUAUCUUUCUGUGUCUUUAGGUUCAACCAGGUAAGAUACUUUUGUUGUUACACUUGCAAACAUGUUUACUUCAUGGCAAGCAAAUCUGGCUGUGUCUUCUCUUACCUGAUGUUAGCAUGUUUUCAUUUUUUAAAUAAUUCUAGAUUUCGUCUUGCUUUGACAACCUAAUAUUAUAUUGUUUAAAUAGCUCAUCUAAACCAUAUGUAAUUGAAUUGAAUAUGUGUGAAUAUUAGCAAUGUGAAGGCUUCAUGAGAAAUAUAAUUCAUACAACCAUACCUUUUAAAAGUGUGUUAGAAACACAAUGAAUUAUUAAAUAAUUAAUAUGACCACAUUCUUUUUACAUUGCAAGUGCUUUUCUAGACAUUUAGCCAAAAUGUGUUACAUGUAGCAUCUGUGUAUAACUUCCCCUAUUAUGAUAUCCCCUAGAGUGGAACAACGCAGGUAUUUUAUGUUAGCCGCUUUGUGAUAUGUUCAUAUCUCUCCUUAUUCUUUGAGAUUUGUGUUUCUCAUUAUCUGUACUGUUAAAGAAUGUAUAUGUGUGUGGAGCUUUGCUCCUAAAACCAGUCAUUCUUAGUUAGAUUAUACUUUCUUUUAAAAUAACAGUUAUUACUUAAAUGCAACAUCAUUUCAAAUAAUGAUAAUGAUAAAUAAUUAUACAAUGAUGAGCAUUAGUUUCGUGAUACAUUUGAUAGCAAUAACUACAUUAAUUACAUUAAUUGGUAACCUGAUCCACAUCUUAUUAGUGUAAAUAUAAAGGUAAAGGUAACACUGCAUAAAAUAUGAAAACAAACUGUACAUUUACUAUAUAUUUAGUAUUUUGUAAAAUUUUACUGCAUAAAUAAAAUGUAUACUUUAGAUGUCAUUGGGUAAUCGAAGUUACCCUAUACUACUUUCUAUGACCAUACUUAAUACAUGCAUGAUAUAAUAUAUACCUUACAGUAGAUCUUGCAUAUAAAUCAAUGUUUGUCUGCACAAAAGAGAAAGAUAAAACAUGCAGAAGACAGUUUUUUUCAAAGAAGGAAAGUUUAAAAAAAAAAUGUUGUGGGGUGUUUGCUAAAGUUAAAAAAAUAUAAUUGAAUUGAUUAGUUUAAAGAUUAACAAGGUUUUGUUAAAUGACAAAAAAAGGCUAAUAGUUAAUGUUUCCUCUUAAUUGAUCUUAAUGAAACUUUAUUAACUCAUUUAUGAAAAAUACAUUACACUGGGUAUAAAUUGAUGAGUUCAUGAAAUGGAGGAAAUUGAUGUCCAUGCCACAUAAAAAGCAAUAAGGUACUGGUUUUCAUAUAGUGUUAAUGAGCUAAUUAUUUGUGUGACAGUUCAGAUUGGAGGGAAGUGCUACCUAUUAGUAAUUUAAUAAUGAGUUUAACAUAUGUUAUUAAAGUCACGAUGACACCUUAAAGUAAUGUUGGAAACAUGAGAUAUUUUAGAACAAUAGUGUGUGCUCAUGGACAAAGUUAAUUGGUACCACCAACUGUCAGAUCAUCUUGGUAGCACUCCUCGAUGGUUUUUAUACUCAAAUAGUCAGAUAUUUCUUACGAAAACUACUAUAUUUGAUUUACUUUUUCUGAACCAUAUAGUGUGCACUUUUGAUAUGACACAGUUAAUUGUGUACUUUGUAAAUUGCUUUAGUAUAUGUGUUUAAAAGGUUAAGUCUUCGUAUACAAUUGUAAAAAUAUGAAAAUGUAAAUUUAUUUGAUUUUCUCCAUUUUAUAUCCUAUCAGGAGGUGAGGUGAAAGCACCCAUGGUAUCAAUCUUCCCUCCCUCUGAGGAGGAAAUAGCCACCAACAAGGCCACUACUGUCUGCACCAUGACUGGUUUCACCCCUAGGACAGUGUCUGUGAAGUGGUUGCUAGAUGGCAUUGAGAAGGACGGAGACACCUCAUUGGUCAGCAAGCAGAAUGAUAACACGUUUAUGGGAAGCAGUUACUUCAGCAUGCCGUCUUCAGAUUGGGAAAAACUGCAAAAUAUUGCAUGUAAAGUGACACAUCAGGGAAAGGACAUCAUCCAAACUCUGAAGAGAUCUGAGUGUAUUAAUUCCUGAAUGUAAUAUUCCUCUUAUUUUUACCCAUUGUUACAGGGACGAGAAUACAUUCACUUCAUUAAUGUCAUAUUAUGGAGUUAGUGCUUGAUCUACAUCCAGUUCCUGUAUUCAUGUUUCAAUACUCAUCUUUCUUGUCCUUUGUUCAUGGCUUCUCUCUUACCUCCUCCAUGAUGUGUUAUUGACACUUCAAAAUAAUGUUUCCUUCUUUCUAUUUUUUUCUCCCCCAUUUAACACUUCUCUUCUAUAGUUGUCCUUCUUUGAGUUGUGCAGGAGCUGCAUAAUGAUUUUUUCCUGAUAUUACUUUGUCUGUAUAGAUCAUCCUAUUAAAUGCAAUAAACAAAUUUUAUCAUUAUUACAUCUCAGCCAUUUUUUCCAAAGUCUGUUUGAUACUUAAAAAGGUGCCCUUCAAAUGAAGGCCAGUUCCUCAUGAUAAGUCUAAGAGUGAGAGUGUCUUCGUAUUAAUCAAACAGACUACAGAUAAAAAUGAUAAUAGAAAGCAAAUCUAGUCAAUUAGAAGUGGCAGUGAUGUAUCAAACCGCUGCAAUUUACCAUAAUACAGAUACAGGGGCUUGCUGAGCUUACCUUAUAAAUUUUCUUCAACAAACCGCAAAUAAAAUCACCUAAUAUAAAAAGAAAAUCACCAUUCUGCAAAAGAAAAGAAAUAAAAUAAUGUAUAAAACUGAACAUUAUUAAACUUAUCUUACAAAUGAUGAUGUAGGAAUGGAUCACAGUAUACUUUAAGUCAACCUAAACAGUGAUACAGUAAAUUAAUUGGCAGUGAGUUUUGGGUCAUGCACAUUACCAACCGGAGAAUCAGACAGGUAUAUAUCACUCUGCCAUACAACCAGCCUCACAGUCCUUUGCCACAUGAGUAAUUAUUAGCUAGAUCCCAAUAAAUGAAACAAAGUAUUGGACAAUGUGCAGAAAGACCAUGUGGACAUGACAUAUAUAUGAAAUAACGCAUCAUUUUCAGAGGAUGUAUUUAAGAACCAUAGAUGUGUCUUUAUGUCUCUUUAUAAAAAGUAUUUGUGUGAAAAUACAUUUUUUAUGUCAUUCCUACACACGCAUGCACACACACACACACACAAUGUCUGUGAUAAGUACAAGUGACAUUUAGCUUGUAGCUCAGUGAUGUUGAAGAAGUCUAGAGAUCAAUCCUGGUUGGUUCUAGCAUCAGCAAUCCCUGAGCUCAGCAUUCAACAAAAUAUGGUACAGGACACAGAAGCAAAGCUGACUGAUAACAUUAAAGAAAGUUUAGGAUUGGGGAUCAGAAAAAUGAAAUAACUUCACACUUCUUCACCUAUAAUUGAUGGAGAGAUGAGAUGCCACUACGCUUUUAGAAAAUAUCCCAAAACAACCCAUGUUUUCUCACUUACUGGUUUAUUUUCACUUCUGGACUUUCAGCUUUAUGUAACAAUAUUGUGUAACUGCAACUUCAAGGAAAGCAAUCUCCAAGUAUCUAAGCUUCUGGUGCACACAAGCUUCUCCAAGAACAAUACAUAUGAUUGACAAUUUAGUAAAGUGAAGAUUGUUUGAAUACCGUCCUAUCAAACACAUUGAUACUCCAAUCAAGAAACGGGAAAGCAUCACAUUAAGCGUGAUGGUCGAAUAGAAUUAAUCAAUAAGACAAUAACAAAAGGCAAAUGUUAUAAGGAUCCUCAGAAUAUUGUGACUACAACAGAAUAUGGUAACUACAGCUAUGUGUUAUGGUUGUUGUUUCCAGGCCAGAAGACCCAGUAGUUUUUGUACAGUUCUGUAUCACUGUGGUGGAUUUUCGGUGCAGGCACCAAUCUCAACGUCCUCUGUAAGUAACCUCUUUUAAGACAUAUACAUUUUUGUUGUAGAUAAUAUAUUCUCUCAUUUGGAAUUAUGCUCCUUAUCAUAUGAAUUUUAAUAUUAAUUUUUGUUUACCAAAUUAUUUUUAUUACUAUAAUUUACUACUCUACACUAGACCAGAUUUGUAUCCCUAAUGUAUUGUACUGAUCUGCCUAAUAUAAUAAUUCUAGUAUUUUUAAUGUUAUCACAUUAUACAUCAGUGAUUACUUAUGCUCUUGUAAGAAUUUAGUUUAUGAUACUUUUUCAAUGAACCCUUUGCGCUUAAUUAUGAUUGUGCAAGUCCAGUUUUAAAAAAUUAUUGUAAUCUCACCAUUCUAUAGUGUUUAUAUUUAUUGGAAGCUAUUUCAAAUUUACUGUCAUCCAAGGUAAAGAAAUAUAGAACAAAGUUUAUUGUCACAGUCACAACUGAUAAAGAAUUACCUUUUCUACUUUUUAUAAAUUGCAGAAAUAUCUUUCACAUAAAUUUGCAGAAUAUAUACAAAAUAAAUAUGCACACAAAGACAUUAUCUAAGCAUGCAGCUACUUAUGUUUUUCCACUUAGACAUCCUUCAUGUGUCUCUAACUAGGAAUCACCUUAUCAGGAGCACCCAGUUCUUCAUGCAGGGAAAAAAAUUAUUUUAGUCUCACACUAUGUAGAUUUUUGCCGAGAUCCAAAGGUAAAAAAGUAUUCAAGUGUAGGCACUCAUUUUAUGAAUAAUAAGUAUUUAAGUCAUCCUGCAGUCAAUAGAUUUAGCAGCAAAAUAUUCAAAGUGCAUAAAAGUGUUACUUUGUCUAAACAUGUCACUGUAAGUAAUUGCCAUGCAAAAUGAUAGUGAUACAUGUUUAUUAUGAGGAUUAUCAAUUAUUUUAAAAAUAGAUCCAAUCUGACGUAUAUACUACAUAAGGAUUGUUUUGGCAGGAAAGCCAGAUAAUGAAAAUACCCAGAUUAAUUCUUAUAAAAUAAAUGAAUAAAUAAAAAUACAAAAGUCUGAGGUUUCUCGUGCUCUAGUUUAAUAAAAUAUAAUUGUAUGUCUGCAGUAGUUUGACUACCUGUCUGCAAACCAGCUGUGCAUGUCUAUAUCUGUGUAUUUGUGUUAGAAAGAAUACAUUUAGCCUAUCUUUGGUGUUGAUGAAUAUUAUUCUUAAAUUUCUUCUUUUAUAUAGUGAAGACUUUUUUAUAUAAUUAUAUAUUUUGUAACUGUUUAUUUAUAUCUUUAUAUAUUUUUACAUGCAGUUUAAUAAAUGUCUCUGGAGAACUCAAGCACCAAAUAUUUUACAUUUGCUAUGUGUUAAGAUCAUUUUAUUACAUACAAUCCUAAUUCAUAGUAUGUGUAUGAAACAGAAAGUCAUGAAAUCAAUGUAAAAUUAAUACUUGUUCUAUUUUUCUCCUUUUAUAUCCUAUCAGGAGGUGAGGUGAAAGCACCCGUGGUAUCAAUCUUCCCUCCCUCUGAGGAGGAAAUAGCCACCAACAAGGCCACUACUGUCUGCACCAUGACUGGUUUCACCCCUAGGACAGUGUCUGUGAAGUGGUUGCUAGAUGGCAUUGAGAAGGACGGAGACACCUCAUUGGCCAGCAAACAGAAUGAUAACACGUAUAUGGGAAGCAGUUACUUCAGCAUGCCGUCUUCAGAUUGGGAAAAACUGCAAAAUAUUGCAUGUAAAGUGACACAUCAAGGAAAGGACAUCAUCCAAACCCUGAAGAGAUCUGAGUGUAUUAAUUCCUGA